AUGCGGGCCUCUCUUUCCCCUCACCUGCUUCUUGCGAGCGUUGCCUCAGCCUCCAUCCUCGAGAGCUACGGGUUCGGCAUUGUGGAAUCGCAAGGACUGUUGCGGAAGCACGCUGAGCUACUCCGGCGGCAGGCAGACAACAACGCAACAUGCCGCUUUAGCAUGCCGACGGACAUCUGGACCACCUGUGCCGGCUUUCUCUCCGAGUUUAACAUCACGCUCGACUAUUUCCGAAUAGCCAACCCCAGUAUCGGUCCCAGCUGCGCCGACUUCGAGCCUGGCACGACGUACUGCGUUUCGAUGGGAUCUAGUAUCUGGGAAGGCUGUGCCUACCUCUACGAACGCAAUGUGCGGUACCCAGCAGAACUGGACCAGCACAUGUAUCGGGAGCCAGUGGGGUGA